UCUCUAUAAUCAGCUACGUCACUAUGGAAUCCCAUGAGAUGCGGGCGCAUGCGCUACAAGUCAUUGCGGACUUCGCUGCGAGUCAUCACGACGUGUUUUACAAGCUUCCAAAUCGCGAUAGAUUGGUAAGUGUACAAAUUUUCAUUUUCUAGUUGAUUUAACUCGGCUCAAACAUUAUCAAUUUAGUCUUGUUCACAGUUAAUUGGGAAAAACAAAAUUUUAAAUUUCUCCAUAUUUCUCUAGAAAUGUCAGAGUCAGAGGACAAAACUGUGUCUGAGGAUGGAGCGGAACGGCAGGAACCUCCAUUAGAAACCACGCCUUCCAUUGACCCCUCAUUAAACAAAACUUUGUUAGAAAUAAAUACAAAUAUGGGUAACAUGGCGGCUCUUCUCCAUCAACUGUCAUCGGGUAGUUUGGCAAUUGGCCACCGGCCAGCCCGUUACAUUUCCACCGGAAUGAACCUCUUGUCCACCGGACUUCCUACUUUGCCCACCGGGCUUGUUGCUUCAUCGUCCACCGGAGUAAACCCAAGCAAUAAACGAAAUUUAUCAGACCCUGAUGAAUCCGAGCCACCAGAAAAGCGUAAUGUUACCAAUGAUAAUAACAUUGAUGAAAGCCUUAGCAUUUAUGCAGAUGAUGAUGAUACUGAUUCACUUGUGGGCGAUGCCCACGAUCUAUUAGCAAAAACUAAGGCCAAUAAGCAAAGUGAGCCAACCGGGCCAUCAAGUUCAGCAAACCCAGACACAUCUGAAUUUCUUGAUGGUUUAGCCAAAGCACUUGAAACCUCUGACGAUCUCGGCGCUAACGUAAAUGAUAAAUUGGCCGAGAUAAUUAACAAGCGUUGGGAAAAGACGUUAACCCCUGAGAAAUUGAAAAUUAUUCUUGACAAAUACAAAAGACCAGCCAACUGCACUGCACUGCACCCUAUUAAGGUCAACAAAGGUGCAUGGGAACAUCUUAAAUAUUAUAAGAAACAGGAAGAUCUAAGGUUAGCUAACAUGCAACAAGUUUUGCGGAAAGUUGCCUACAUAAUGUUGCAAACCACAGAUUUUCUCCUUGUAGAGGCUUCUUCCUCACAACGCGAGGAAAUUAACAAAUAUGUCUCCCAGUCAGUGGAUGCACUUGCACUCUUAGGUCACCUGACUGGAAAUAUCUCGUCUCUCAGACGAAGCACUAUGAAGCCCCUUCUAAGACCGGAGUAUCAACCACUUUGCUCCUCCAUCACUGAAAUCCCACAUGGUCCCUACCUUUUUGGUGAAGAUUUAAAUAAGCAGCUAAAAGAAGCUGAAGAAUCAAACAAGGUCGCGAAGGCUUUCAAAGGAAACCCUAAAAAUCGCUAUAAACAGCAACCUUUUAUCCAAAGCCCUUCCCAGCAAAACAAUGCAAGGCGUGAUUUUUUAUGGCGGGGCAGCCAGAAUCAAUUUCGGAAAAAGCAACCGUACCAGGCAAACAGCCGGUUCCAACAGAAAUCCGGCCAAACACAACAAACAGGGAAAAAAUUUUGAUUGAU